ACGAAACAAACUUUUUAAAGAUUUUUAGUUUUUUUCGUCUCGAGAAGUUUUUAAUUAAAAUUUUAUCCAGAUAAAAAGACCUUUACAACCAUUUUACUAAAGAACAAAUUCGAUUUAUGUUUAAAGUUUAAUAGAAGCAGCGGAAAUAAUGAAUGAUCGGGAAUAUAAUAAAAGAAAACGCUCAGAAAACUUCGAUCAAGUUGAAAUUGAUUUACUAUUAAAUAUUGUAAAAGAAAAUAAGCAUUUGAUUGAUUCUCCAAAGCAGGAGAACAAAAAGAAGGGUUGGGGCAUCGUUUACAAAAAUUUUAAUGAGAGCUGUCCUGGAACGAAACGUGACAUCGAAACUUUAAGAAUGAAAUUAAAAAAUUUAAGAGCUGUUAAAAAGAGAAUGAAUUUAUCGGAUUCAAAGGAAGAUAAUCAGGAUACAUCUCAAGAUUCUAUUUGUGGUGACGAAAUUAGUGACGAGCCAUCAUCCAAACGUAAACGAUCAAAAACCUUCACAGAUGAGGAGGUAGAACUUUUACAAUCACUUCUACAAAAGCACUUUUUAAGUUUGGAAACAUCACUAACUCGAGAGUCUCUCGGACUGCGGCAAAAUGCUUGGAAAAUCAUUACCGAAGAGUUCAAUAAAGCCGACCUUAAUGGCCAUAGAGACAUGUAUGAGCUGAAGAUAAAAUAUAAAAACUUGAAAGCUCUUCGUUUUAAAAAGGAAAAUGAUGCAACAGACUCAGCAGUUACCUACGAAGAAGUUCAUUUAGAAUCAUCACAAGAUGAAACGAUAGUGCCAGAGACAAAAAAUGAACGUUCAAAAGUAAAAUUUGUUAAGACUGUUGAGAAAACGCCAAAACAGCAAGCAAGAGUAGUCACGGUUGAAGAUUAUUCAGAUAUAAUCGAUGAUUACGAUAUUCUUGACGAAUUCCAAACACCACAACAAAACACUUCAAUAACAUCAGAAGUUGAUCGAGUUCGAAAAGAAAACGUUUUUCUGAAAAAUGCUGUCCUAAAGAAGAAGGAAAGACUUCUUGAACUUCAAAUCGCCCUAGCUGAACGCAAUCUUCGUCGUCAUCAAGUUUAA